UUUGAUAGUGGAUGUUUUGGAGUUUGACAAAUAAAAUGAUAGGAGAAUAAAUAAAUAAGUAAAAACCCUAGUUCUGAUUUGUUGUGCAGAAUGGAAGGGGAAAGAGAAAGGGAAAGGAAAAGAGGAGGACGUGUAUGCUGCGUUUGCAACAAGGAAAGAGCUUCCGUGAAGAGGCCCAAAACCCUACAGCACAUGUGCAGGGAAUGCUUCUUCGAUGCUUUCGAAUCUGAGAUCCAUCAGGUUAUCAUUCAAAACUCCCUCUUCACCGCCGGUGACCGCGUUGCCAUCGGUGCUUCUGGCGGCAAGGAUUCCACCGUCCUUGCCUACGUCCUCUCUAAACUCAACCGCCUCCACAAUUACGGCCUCCAUCUCUUCCUCUUGUCCGUCGACGAGGGAAUCACCGGCUACCGCGACGACUCUCUCCAGACCGUUCAUCGGAACCACCUUCAGUACCAACUCCCUCUCCAAGUGGUUUCCUACAAGGACUUGUACGGAUGGACCAUGGACCAAAUCGUUGACGUCAUUGGCUUCAAAAACAACUGCACUUUCUGUGGCGUCUUCCGUCGCCAGGCCCUUGAUCGAGGUGCUGCUCUCUUGAAGGUCGACAAACUCGUUACUGGUCACAACGCCGAUGACAUUGCCGAGACCGUUCUCCUCAACCUUUUGAGAGGAGAUGUUGCCAGAUUGAGUAGGUGCACCUCUAUUACCACCGGUGAAGAUGGUCCAAUUCCCAGGUGCAAGCCUUUCAAGUAUACGUACGAGAAGGAGAUCGUCAUGUAUGCAUAUUUCAAGAAGCUCGACUACUUUUCCACCGAAUGCAUCUAUUCCCCAAAUGCAUAUCGAGGUUUUGCUCGCGAGUUCAUCAAAGAUUUGGAAAGAAUCAGACCUAGAGCCAUUCUUGACAUCAUCAAAUCGGGGGAGAAUUUCAGGAUUUCUACUACUACCAAAAUGCCCGAACAGGGAACAUGCCAACGGUGUGGUUAUAUUUCUAGUCAGAAAUGGUGUAAAGCUUGUGUUCUGCUUGACGGACUGAAUAGAGGAUUGCCAAAACUGGGGAUUGGACGAAGUCGUGGUGGUUCUGAGAACGGAAAUGAAAGUAAAGUAGAGAAGAGCAUCCAGGGAAAACAGUGUGGAACUCUAGACUUUUGAUUUGAAUCUACGGCGUCUGUGUACUUGUGCUUAAUCAAACGCAGGUUUAGUAACCAUCUAUCUACAAGAGAAAUUCAAUGGCAGUGGAAUUAUGUAUAUCUACUUGGUGAUCUCCAAACUACAUGACAAGCAAUAGGUGAAAGAGGAAGUCACGCUUCCUGGAUUAGAUCCCUUGACAACAUAAACUGACUCAACAAUACCUAUAAAAAGAAUGAGGUCUGAAACUUACGGCUUCAUUUGAUAAACUCAAAGGAAGGUUUAUAGUUGCAUUUUUUUUAAUACACAAAUUCCGUCCGUGAAUAUGAAUACGAAUGGUAUGGUCGAGAGAAGGUGAGUCAAGAGGCCACAUGGAGUCCGUUCCAUACAAAUAUUUAAUGACCAUUGAUAUACCGAAUGAUUGUGAUUUAUUAUUUGUAAGCUUUAUGAUUAUUUCAUAUUAACAUUAUUUUACGCAUUAA